AUGGCUCUCUUUUUAGGACGACUCUCUCAGGACACCCGCUCCCGCGACCUCGAGGAUCUCUUCAACAAAUAUGGUCGAGUGACCCGUUUGGACAUCAAGCGAGGUGUCAACUCGAGCUUCGGCUUCGUGGAAUAUGAGGAUAUCCGCGAUGCUGAGGAGGCUGUCCACAAGCUGAACGGCCAUCUCAUCAACGGCAACCCCAUCGUUGUCGAGUUUGCCAAGAACAAUGGACGUCGUGGUGGUGAUAACGAGUGCUUCAAGUGCGGCAAGGAGGGACAUUGGGCACGCGAUUGCCGUGGAGGUGGAGGUGGAGCUGGAGGUGGACGCUCUGACCGCGACCGUGAACGCAGAAGAUCGCGCUCGCCCCGCGGCCGACGUGACCGCUCCAGAUCCCGCUCUCCUCGCCGCGACCGUGAUCGCCGUGGAGAUGACCGCCGUGAUGACCGCCGCAGGGAUGACCGCCGCGAUGAUCGUCGCGACGACCGCCGUGGAGAUGACCGCCGCAGAGACGACCGUCGAGACGACCGUGACCGCAAAGAUGACCGUGAAGAUCGCGACCGCCGUGGAGGCGAUGAUCGUAGAGAGGACCGCGAGGAGCGCCGUGGUGGAGAGGACCGCGGAGAGGAGCGUGGAGGAGAAGAUCGCCGUGAUAGCCGUCAGGAAGGUGCCGCCAACAGAGAGCCAUCGCCCUCUGCCCGUGGACGUCGCUCGCCCAGCCCCUCUGGUGAACGUCGAGGAUCGAACGCUGAGAAGCGCUCCAUCUCACCUGAUGCUCGUUAA